AGUGCAGCAGUUAAUCAAACCAAUUGCGACCGACCGUAAAACAUUCCAAAUGCUUCGCUGAAGUUGAAUCUUAUCGCAUCAGUCGAGUUCCACAUAGCAUUCCGUACGAAUCGCAACCGCUCGCGCAAAUCCGGAAUAUCCCAACAAUGUCGGCUGUGUGUUUGGUGAUUCUCUUUAUUGGCCUGCUGUUGGAUUCCACUUCCGCGGGCGUUCCCCUGCCGCGGUACGAGGCGCUCCUCAAGCAGCAGUCCGCUCCCGAGGACCCCUCACUGGGUCUCUACGACGACGGGGACAAGGUGGUCCGCCUGACCGUGGACAACUUCAAUGCCACAGUGGUGGACCAGAAUCGUGGAGCACUCGUCGAGUUCUACAACACGUACUGCGGCCACUGCCGCAGGUUUGCACCCACCUACAAGACGGUGGCGGAGCACCUGUUGCCCUGGUCCGAGGUGCUCAUCGUGGCCGCCAUCGAUUGUGCCGCCGAGGAGAACAACGCCGUCUGCCGGAACUACGAGGUGAUGGGCUAUCCCACGCUGCGUUACCUUGGUCCCGGAUUCCAGCCGAGUGCCCAGCACUAUGGACAGAACCUGAUGACGCAGGACGUGAACGAGAUCCGCGAACUGCUGGCCGGAAUGGUGGCCGCUGAGAACCUCACCAGCAGCCACAACAACUCCUACUGGCCAAACGUCCACUAUGUCACGGAAAACGAUUCCGCUAGCAGCUUGUUCGAAGGUCUCAGCAGCGUCACCCAGUACGUGGCCGUGGUCCACGAACCGGAAAACACCACUCUGGGCAUUGAGGUGGCUCUGUUCAUGACACAGUGGCCAGCGGUGGCGGUGCGCCGAGUCAUCGACCCCGCGGUGGCAGCCAAGUUCAAGAUCGAUCCCGCCAAUCUGCCAAUGAGUCUGGUGGAUCGCAAGGGAGAGAUUACGGCGUAUGCGCCGGAAUUUGCCAACGGUGAAUCGUACGCCAAAAAACUGGAGGAAGUGCUGGGCAAGAAGAACAUCACGCCCAGGCCGGUGAAGGUGCAUCAACAGGUAACCACACCGUCGCCCAAUGAAGCCGGGAAAAACGAACUGAUCAAGGAAGUGCACCGGAACAAGCAUUUCGUCUACCAGGCGGACCUCGAGCAGGCCAUUCGCACGGUGCUGCACAACGAGGUGCCCAAGAAGAGCGAGAUCAGCGGCGAGAAGCUGCUGGCCCUCCAGCGCUUCCUGGCUGUGCUGCAGCGCUACAAUCCGCUGGGAGCUAAUGGUCGUCAGUUGGUGUCCAAGCUGAAGGACUUCGUGGUGCAGUUCAACGAGGAGCUGUCUGGCAAGCACUUCGAGGACGAGGUGAAGCGCCUGGAACAGCAGCUGUCGCCUGUCUACUCCUCCACCCAUUUUGUGGGAUGCGCUGGCUCCAACCCUCGACUACGCGGCUUCAGCUGCUCCCUAUGGACGCUGUUCCACUUUAUGACCGUCCAGGCGGCCGGCAACGAGGACUCGCAGGAUCCACUGGAAGUCCUGCAGGCCAUGCACGGCUACAUCAAGAACUUCUUCGGCUGCAGCGAGUGCUCCGAGCACUUUCAGGCAAUGGCAUCGAGGCGAAAAAUCUGGAGUGUACCGAACAAGGAAGAGGCGGUCCUCUGGCUGUGGGCGGCCCACAAUGAGGUGAACCAGCGACUGUCCGGCGACGCCACCGAGGAUCCCGAGUUUCCAAAGAAGCAGUUCCCAACGCCUGAUAGCUGCAGCGAAUGCUAUCGAACGCCUGUCUCCAAAUCGGAGAGCCUGGAGAUCGAGUGGAACAAGGACGCUGUGCUGGGCUUCCUGAAAAACAUACACAAUCCGCAGUUCGUAAGCCGGUAUGGAGUGCAGCGGGAGGAACUGCUGCAUCCCACCGAGGAUAAGAUGCGGCAAAAGCGACAGAUCUCAAGUGUCUUCACCGACACCGACAUGCAAAUGGGCAUGCUACUGUACGCCUUUUGCAUUGUGAUGAUGAUUCUGGCCUUCAAGCUGUUCGCCUUCAAGGGCUACCGCAAGAAGCCCUACGGUCACGACCUUUUGGGCAAGGUUUAGGGCAAUCCCCGGAAGAGCUUCCACUCCCACUUAUUCUAAAGAAAAGACACCGAACACCGAGAAACGGAAUUUACUAUGACCACCUCUUGAAUGUUUUGUAUUCGUGGCCCCUAGAGUUAUGUUUAAGAACAAAGUGUGUGUGUGUAUAUAUGAACAGUCUUCUUCCAGUUGUAGUCCCUAAACAUAAUCGCUUUUUUACAACGACAAUGCACCUGAUUGCUUAAUUUUUUUAGGUAUGCAAAUGUGAUUUAUCCCUCCAGAAGUAUGUAACUCCCGAGUCCGUUUGAAUAAAAACGAUCAAUGCUA